GUGCUGAAAACCUACAAGGAUCUAUCAGACAAUUGGGUGGCUCAUGGGCGGCAGAGGGCGGCGAUGGAGACGAACUACCUGCACAGAUAUCCAAAAUGGGCGGCGUGAAGAUCGUGGGCGGCAAAGAGACGAGGGUGGGCCAGUACCCGUGGAUGGGCGGCCUGGCGUGGCGGAACAUGAAGAGGGUGUUCUGUGGGGUGGUGGUGGUGACCGACAGACACGUCCUUACUGCCGCCCACUGUGUUGACGAUAAGAAGUCCUGGAACCUGAAGGUGGUGGUAGGGGAACACGACCUAUCGACAAACCGGGAGUCUAUCAAGUGGACCAGAACUAUAGCCGAUAUAGUCUUCCCUCCCGACCAUACGUACCAGCGGGUUGACGUGGGCGACUUGGCGGUACUCACGCUAGACCGGCCCUUACCUUUCGGCCAAUUACUACAGGUGUCGAUGUCGCCUGUGUGUCUCCCUGAACGAGACUCUGGCAGCUGGAGUGACCACAACGCCACCGUGAUGGGUUGGGGCACAACCGACGCCAACUCCCAUCAACUGCCCCACAAGCUACAGGCGACAGUGGUCCACAUUAUGAGCAACAGAGAGUGUCGCACCACCACUGGCUACGGGAUAUACAUUAACCAUAAGCUCCUGUGUGCUGGUCUGCCACAGGGAGGUUCAGAUGCCUGCUUGACUUACUGUUCAGAGGCGAAUCCAGGAAUAUCAAAAUGGGGGUCAAAGAAGUUUUGGGUUGAGGAACCUGGCGUGCAAAGUGAGCCCAAACAGCUGGGGGAUUUAAGGGGGCGUUGUAAGCCCCCAGAAAUAUUUUUUGAAAUCUGA